AUGGGGGCCAUGGGUCCUGUUCUCAGGAAGCUCGAUCUGCUGCUAGCUCCCGAAUUCCGGCUGCGGAAGAGGGUGAAGUACGGAAUCGGACUCCUCAAGCAAGAUGUAGAAGAAGUAAGCUCCGCCCUCGUGGAUCUAUCGAUGCUGGAAACUCCCAGCCUCAGGGCCAAGUGCUGGAUGGAGGAGGCGCGAGAACUGUCUUACCAUAUAGAAAACUUUGUCGACGACUUGAUGCUGAUCCGCACAGACGCCGGUGCCAAGAUAAGAUCCGCCAGCAGCCAUAGGGUUGGUCGCGUGAAGAUUGCUCUGCUUCCCGCGCCGCCGAGGCGCAGCACAAGGGUCGCCAAGAUUGCCCAAUUGAGGGAUCUACUGUGGCAGGCUAGCGAGCGGCUCGAAAGGUACCAGCUUGACGCUUGUUGCUCCAGCCCGAAGCAUAUGAAUCUGAUCACUCAGCACCGCCGGGCUCCGGCGUUGUAUGGAGAUGCGGCCAAUCUUGUGGGAAUCGAGGACUCCAGGACCAAACUGAUUGAAAUGCUUACCGGGUACUUCAUUGUAAUUGAUGAUUUAUGGGAAGAAACAGCAUGGGACAUUGUAAGAGGUGCUUUUCCGGAGGGCAAUAAUUGCAGUAGAAUUGUAGCAACUACAGAAAACAUGAAUGUAGCUCUUAAGUGUUGCAGUUAUAUGGCAGAUAAUAUUUUGAAGAUGAAACCUCUUGGCAUUCAAGACUCUGGAUACUUAUUCUUCAAUCGAGUUUUUGGCUCUGAACAACAAUGCCCUGAUGAACUGAAAGAAGUUUCAUAUGGUAUCAUUAGAAAAUGUUGUGGUCUUCCACUGUCCCUCAUCCAUGUAGCUGGUCUUUUAGCAAGCAUAGACUACUCAGAGCUGUGGUACCAUGUACAUGAUCGUUUAUGCUCCAUUCUUACUAGAAGUAAUACAGUUGAAGAGAUCCAGAAAAAAAUACUAAACCUUAGUUACAAUAGUCUUCCUUCUUGUUUGAAGACAUGCCUGCUGUAUUUCAAUAUGUACCCAGAGGGUUACAUAAUGUGGAAGGUUCAUCUGGUGAAGCAAUGGAUAGCUGAAGUACACCAUAUUAUAUUUGAUCUCAUUAAUCAUAAUUCCAAGGAAGAGGAGUUUGUUGCUGCAAUAGAUUACUCUCAACCCAUAACAGGAUUUUCUACAAAGGCCCAUCGACUGUCCUUCCGAUUCAGUAGUGCCAAAUAUGCAAAGCAACCAGAAGGAAUAGUAAUGUCACAAUUGCGAUCAAUUGGCUUCUUUGGAUUGCUUAAGUGUAUGCCUCCAAUUGUGGAAUUUAAUCAUCUCCGAGUUCUAAUCCUUGAAUUUUGGGGCAGUCAUGACAGACACAUGAGUUUGGACCUCUCAAGGAUUUGCAUAUCAUUUCAACUGAGAUAUUUGAAGAUUUCAGGUGAUAUCAUGGUUGAACUACCAGCCCAGAUGCAAGGGCUACAUUAUUUGGAAACACUAGAAAUAGAUGCAAGACUAUCUGCAGUUCCAUUGGAUAUUGUCCAUCUUCCGGGUUUGUUGCAUCUUGGUCUCCGAGCUGCAACAGAGUUACCAGAUGGGAUUGGCCACAUCAAAUCUCUAAGUACACUAUUGUAUUUUGACCUCAGAUGUAACUCUGAAGACAAUAUAUGGAGCCUAAGCAAGCUGACAAACCUUCAGCAUCUUCAUCUAACCUGUUCUGCAGCUUUAUCUAGUGACCAUCUGAAGAGAAAGCUGAUACCCCUAGUUUUUUCUCUUGGGAAAUUUUGCAAUCUCAAAUCUCUCACCCUGACUCCUGAUGGGUUAAGAACAUCUAUUUUCUUUGAUAUCUGGAGCGGUAUCUCCUCUCCUCCCAUGUUUCUUCAGAAACUUGAGUUGUUGCCACCAAUUUGCUUGUUUUACAGACUGCCCACUCAGAUUGGUGAACUGCACAAACUCUGCAUUUUGAAAAUAGUGGUUAAAGAACUGCAGGGAAAUGAUAUUAAUAACAUCUCUGGAUUACCUUCCCUCUCAGUUUUCUCACUGUAUGUGCGGACAGCUCUGACUGGAACUGUCGUCUUCAGCACCAUGGCAUUCCCAGCUCUCAAGUAUUUCAAAUUCACAUGUGGUGUGAUGAGUUUGGCUUUUCAGGCAGGAGCCAUGCCCAACCUUCAAAGGGUCAAGCUUUGUUUCAAUGCCAAUAGAGGUAAGAACCUUAACCGAGUGCUCGAUGGCAUUGAGCACCUGUUAAACCUUCAGGAGGUCGUUGGACGAAUUGGGGUCCUCCCAGGUGUUGAUGAAUCCGACUGGAGGGUUGUCAAGUUAUCGUUUGAGGAUAUCAUUAGAAAGCAUCCAAGAUGUCCUAGAUUUAACUCACAGCUGGUAGAUUUCAUAGAAGAAUAUCCUCCUUUAGAUAAGUUUCAUCUGAGGCUACAUGGAGGUUCAUCAAGUGAACAUGAGAUUGUAGAGAGAGCUUGCGCAGAAGAUAUGGACAAACACAUUGAUAGCAGGCGGCGGCUGUGGCAUAAUCAGUUCUGGCGGAAGGCAGAAGCGCUUUGCUUGAGGAAGCCGGUGUCGUGGUCGAGAGCGAGAGGAACUGGAGACACGUGUGGGAGGUAG